CGCCCGGCCCGGCCCGGCCCCGGUUGCCAUGGAGGCCCCGCCGGCAGCCGCGGCCCUCAGCGGCGCCGACAAGGAGAAGCUGCGGGAGAAGCUGGCGCUGCUGAGGCGGGAGUACAGCGAGACCGUGAUCCGGCUGCGGCGGGCGCGGCGAGCCGAGAGAGCCAGGAACCACGGCCGGCGGGAGCGGAGCCCCACAGGUCUGCAGCGCUCCGACCCUGACUGUUUUAGAGAUAAUACAUGUCCUAGUGCUGACAGAGGUGGGCCCUCUCAGGUAGAGACUAAAACCUGCUCUGAUGCUGACACGGAGAAGACAUCAUCUGUCCCAGUUAAGCAUGUUCCAGAAUUCUCCAGUGAUGAGGUUAGCCCACAGGACAGCUCCUGGGCAGAAGGCUUUCAGGCUGGCCAGGAAAACCUGCGCUGUGGGAUCACCAGGCCUGUCCCUGUGGAGAAAAAGCCCCAAACCUCCCGAGGAAUGAUGAAGCUGCGGAGACGGACGAAGGCUCUGGAAUCAAAGGAAAGGGAAUCAGUGCAUGGUGUGCAUCUAAUCAGUGCUGGUGAAAUGAUGAAAAAUCAAAUUGCCAAUGCAGAGGAGCUUCAGUCACCAGUGUUCAGGCGCAGCAGCCUCUUGCACAGUGAGGAACCUGCUCAAAGAGCACCUGGGGUGGUGCUUGUGCAGGGAGAAAGAAACAGUUUCACUCCUGAUGCAGCAUCUGGAUCCCCACAUGCCCCACAUCCCCACAUGAGGGACAGCAGCGACAUCUGGCAGCCUGAGUCCUCAAGGGCUGUGGCCACACCUGGGAGAUGUGAGCCAUGUUUACAGCACGGAGCCUCUGUUUUACCUGACCCCAGAGGUGAUGGCAGAGAAGAACCCACCAGUAUAAUUAAACAGCCAGAGGUUCAGAGUUUGUGUGAAGAUCAGGGAGAAUUACGUGGGCUCCUGGAUUUAAUGUCAGAAAAUGAAAUAUUGCCUGACAGCAGAAAUAACACCAUAACCGAGGAGAGCAAUAACCACGAAGGACAUCCAAGUGACACUAAUACCUUAAAUCCCUGUCCUGCAGCUAAUGCUCUGGACAAUGCUGAAGAAUUCUUGGAGAAUCAACAGCUUGAAAUUCAGUCAAGGCUUCCUGCUGACAAGGCAGCAGCUCCUGAGGGCACGCUGAGCUCUUGCACAGUGGUUGAAGGGCUGCUCUUCCCUGUUGAGUACUACGUCCGGACAACGCGCCGCAUGUCGAAUUGCCAGAGGAAGGUGGACCUGGAGGCUGUAAUCCUCAGCCAGCUGGGCAGGAGCAAGAAAGGUCAGCGGAGUAAAUGCAAGCAGAAAGAUGCAAAGCCCAAUCAGCCCUCUCAAGAGAGAGCUGAGGAUGAUUUGGAGCCAGGGGUUGUGCCCUUCCCUUUUCUAGGGGCAGAAAACAAUCAAGCAAGCUCAAGUAGUUCUCAGAAAUUUCUUCCUGCGUCCAGCAGCAGCAGCAGCAGCAGCACUUCUCUUGAAUCCAUUUCUCAGAAAAGCAUCACUAGCACAAGGCAAGAGCAAAGACAACCCCAGAGGAAACAGAAGGGAAGAAGAAAGUCUGCCUGCAAAGCUCCCAUGCAUCCAGUGUCACAAGAGCUUAUAGAGAGUCAGGAUCCCACAGUGGCCAGCGAGAGCAGUGCUCUGCUCUCAAAUGAGAACCAGAGUGAAAAGGAAAACUGUGAUGCUAACCUUGAAAGGUCAUCCUUGGAUGAGAGGAGAUUGCCUGGUGCUGCAGCACUGGGGUCUGCAGGGACAGGAGUGACUGGAGCUACAGAGCCAGCGGGUCCUGAUCCUCCUGUGGGCAGGAGCCAAGCGCCAGGCAGAUGCCAUAAGGCUUUGUUAGAGCGGCUCCAAAAUCCCCGCCACAGCAGCGAUUCCCUGAGCCUGGGGAGUGACACUUUCACCAGCCCUGUGGGAGAUGUGGAAGCCAGUGCUCCUGUGUGUCAGGGAGAUAAACAUCCAGGGCAGCGUGUGACGAGGCAGCGAGGAGCUGGUGACGCCGGGGUCAGUGUCCCUGUGCGCCGCUCCCUGCGCUGCUCUGCGAGACACGGGGCCCAGACAGGCUCAGCAGAUGACAGCAGCAGAGGACUCGGCUGUCCCGUGGGUUCACAGGGUCCUGCUGCCCUCGGGCUCCCUGCUCUCGACCCCAGCACUUGUGGCUCCCUCUUCUCCUUCCGCAGCCUCCAGUGGCUGAUCCCUAAGCUGGGCAUCAGGGACUUCCACCUACCAAAUGAGGAAUUUGGAGUGCUGAAACUAGAGAAAUUGAAAUCUUGCCCUGUGAAUGACUUGGAGGAUUUUGUGUCUGGGGAUGGAGUGGCUCCAGAGGACACACCAGAUGCACAAACAAAGCCAAAAGAAAAAAGUCUCAGAAGUAAUUUGAUUUUGCCUUCCAAACUUGGAUUGCCUGAACUCCCGUGCAUGGAAAGCCUGACUUCCAAGAAGGAGCUUUCCACCCAUGAAUUGCUAUUUACUCCCAUGGGGACUGUCUUAACUGAGGCUCCCACUCACCCUGAGUCUCAGAUUUCCUCGUCUGUUUUUCCUGCUGUGGGUGCAACCCCAGAUGUUUUACCUUCAGUGCACAGUGAGGUCUUCCCUGACACAUCUGUACCUGCCUUGCCAGCAACCCCAUCUUCCCCCAGCGGGGCAGCUGCCCUGGUCCUGGGGGAUGUGGCACACAGAGACCCUGCUGUGCCACUGCACCCCGACAGCUGUGCUGCAGGGGCUGCCAGAAGCCAGGAGGAGCAAGGUACAACAGUUCCUUCAGCAGCUGAAAGAGGUCCUGAGAAUAAAUCUGAUGAGACUGUGUCCUUGGAGAAGCAUCAGCAGUCAGAGAACAAAGAACAGGAAUCCUGCAGAGCUUCACCUGAACAGAAAAAAGAUGUAGCAGAACAGUUGACUCCAGUGCUGUUGGAUGGCCCCAGAGAAGAGAGCUUGCAGUUUGUGUCAGAGCUGAAGGAUUCCUCGUGCUCGUGUGCUGUGGAUGUGAGCACGGUGUGGUGGGCAGCAGCUGGCCACAGGGAGCUGCGAGUGGUCACUGCCUCCGAGAGCGCCGUGACCCUCUGGGAGCCCCUGGCACCCAACUGCUGGGGAAAGGUCUACACCUGGCACCUCACAGAGAUUCCUGUAAUCCAGAUUGUUCCUCUGCCAGACACCUGUAACCUUGUAUGUGUAGCGCUGGGAGAGCUGGAGAUUGGAGAAAUAAGGCUCUUAAUUUAUUCUUCUGAGACUGACUCAUUCAAGCACUCCCUAGUGAAAACUGGGAACAUAAAAGCAGUUGUUGGGCUAAAGGACCAGAGGCUGGUGAGCAGCAGCAGGACCAUGCAGGAGCAGCAGCUGGAGAUGGUUUUUCUCUCAGAGACAGGGGGGAGCAAGGACAGGCAGACUCUGAUGGCCCCUGAAGAAACUGUUACAGCCUUUGCUGAAGUGGAAGGGAUGAGAGAGGCCUUGGUGGGCACCACUGCAGGGAACAGCGUUGUGGUUUGGAAUCUGAAAACAGGUCAGCUCCUGAGGAAGAUGCAUGUUGGUUAUUCCUACCCAGCCUCCAUCUGCCAUCGAGCGUAUUCUGACUCUAGUGCUAAUAAAGCAGGAGCAAUGCAUCCUGGUGCAUUCCAAAGCUGCAGCAUGCUGUGUGUGGGAAGCAGAGGUGCUGCUGCUCAGGCCUGGUGCCUGGUGAGUCUGUUCCAUGUCACACGUGCUGGGACACGGUUCCUCUGGACAUACAUGCCCAAGGGAAUGAGCUGUGUAAAACCAACAUUCACACUAAUCAUCCUUCCCCACUUGCUUCUGCCUGUGCUGUGAUUCCCAGUGGAUUUUUGUGGUUUAUCAAGGAUUUGAUUGUUUUCAGUGAGCAUGUAACCUUUUGGGACAAUAAUGUCUUGUCCAAUAAUGGUGCCUUGAGUCAGACUCUUUGGAGUCUUCCUCAGAUUAUCCAUCCCAGGAUAUUUCAUACUGGUAUGUGGCUGUUCUGGGAGCUACUGUUUUCAGUUGUGCUGCUUUCCAUGGAAUUCUUGUUACAUUUUAAGCUUGUGGGGAUUAAAAUGUGACCCAGAAAUUUUACUUCUUUUGUGUUUUGAAGUGUCACCUCAUCCUAUGGCAGGUUUAGCUUUUUGAAACAGGAAGAGAAAUUCAUAAAUCCCUCGGGUCACUGAGCUGUCACUCGGCUGUGUUGCAUCAGCCCUUAUCAGCCAGCAGCUGCUUUUGCUUUUAUCUAAUUUGAUAAGGAAAGUAAACCAUU